GCCUCGCGCAGCGCCGGAGCGCGCGUUCGUUCGCGUCGAACGCGAACGGCAGCGACGGCUUCUGUCUGUUGCCUAGGAAUGGCGCGGACUUGCGGGACCCGAGGCCUUGCUCUCGUCCGCUGCUGACUGCCACCGCGGGGGGCUGAACGGACCAUGGGGGAGCCGGGCUCUUUGGUUAAGGGACGCCGAGCCGGUCGCCGGGGCUGGUGCUUGAGAAGACUGGGGAUGAACUCCGAGUGGUUGCUGCUGGAGGACGGGCGCGAGGUGACGAUAGGACGAGGAUUUGGUGUCACAUACCAGCUAGUAUCAAAAGUCUGUCCACUGAUGAUUUCUCGAAACCACUGUAUUUUGAAACAAAACCCUGAGGGCCAGUGGACAAUUAAGGACAACAAGAGUCUGAAUGGUGUUUGGCUGAACAGAGAACGUCUGCAACCACUGCGGGUUUAUUUCAUCCAGGAGGGAGACCACAUCCAGCUUGGAGUGCCUCUGGAGAAUAAAGAGAAUGCAGAGUAUGAAUAUGAAGUUACUGAAGAGGACUGGGAGAAGAUCUAUCCCUGUCUUGCCCCAAAGAAUGACCAGAUGAUGGAAAAAAACAAAGUCUUGAGAACUAAAAGGAGAUUUAGUUUAGAUGAAUUAGAGGGUCUUGGAGCUGAAGGCCCUUCAAAUUUGAAAUCUAAAAUCAGCAAAGUGUCUUGUGAACCUGGUCAGCUAAUGAAGUCACAUAGGAAGAGUGAAGUGACAACUCAACCCUUGGAAUAUUCAUGUCCUAACUUGACUUCUCUUGAAGCAAGUAAGACCACAGGAGCUCAUCAUUGCCCUGGCCCUCAAAAAGGCAAAGAGCUUCAUCAUAAGAAGCAGAAAGCCUCCAACUCUUCCAUAUCUCAGAGCAACUUAGAGCUGUUUAAAAUGAAUAUGUCCAGGAUUUUGAAGCUGAAAACACAGAUGCAAGAAAAACAAGUAGCUGUUUUGAAUGUGAAAAAGCAGUCCCAGAAGGAGAACCUGAAGAAAAUUGUGAAAAUGGAACAGGAGCUGCAGGAUUUACAGUCCCAGCUGUGUGCAGAGCAGGCUAAGCAGCAGGCCAGAGUGGAGCAACUAGAGAAGACCUUGCAGGAAGAGGAACAGUAUCUCCAGGGUUUGGAGAAAAAGCAAGAAGAGGACCUGAAGCAACAGCUGGCCCAGGCUCUGCAAGAGCAUCAGGCUCUAAUGGAAGAGCUCAAUCGCAGCAAGAAGGACUUUGAAACAAUCAUUCAAGCCAAGAACAAAGAAUUGGAGCAGACCAAGGAGGAGAAGGAUAAGGUGCUAGCCCAGAAGGAGGAAGUCCUUAACCACGUGAAUGACGUGCUAGAGAACGAGCUCCAGUGCAUUAUUUGCUCAGAAUACUUUAUUGAGGCUGUCACCUUGAACUGUGCCCACAGUUUCUGUUCCUACUGUAUCAAUGAGUGGAUGAAGCGGAAGACAGAAUGCCCCAUUUGUCGGCAGGACAUCAAGUCCAAAACUUACUCCCUGGUUCUGGAUAACUGCAUUAAUAAGAUGGUGGUCAGUCUGAGCUCAGAAGUGAGAGAACGACGGAUUGUCCUCAUUAGGGAACGAAGAGCAAAGAGACUGUCAUGAAGAGCAUGCUCUGACUGCAUUUGAAAGACAAGGUUCUCCAGGUGUGACUCUGGCUGCUGUGGAGGUCAUCUGAGAAGCUGUGUAGACAGAGACUGAGUUAGGAAGCCUUGCACCUUGCUUGGUGUGGUGGCUAGCCCCACUGGCCUCCUUCCUUUCCUUCAGCUGCUGUUCUGAAGAUGUUGCUGGUGAAUACCUGGACAAUACCAUCAUUGUCUGAAGCACUGUGGAUCACACACAUUGGCUGCUUUAAGUUCUUCACUACAGGUUCAAUGGAUUGAGUUCUGGGUUUGUUUUUUGGUUGUUUUGUUUUGUUUUGUUUAACUUGUUACUGUUUUUGGUACCUCACAAGCAUUUCUGUUGAUGUAUGUUCUGAACAGUUGGGUUCACUCCAUGGCUGCCCAUGCAGGCAGCCUGUAUUUUGAGCCUACCUUACCUCUUCUUUGUGAAAACAAGAUGUCAUUUCUUGGAAAUAAAAUGUAAAACCUA